AUGCGUUUCUUCCAUACCGUUCGCAAUGAUUUCCUUAUAUAUGGUAUAACUCAGGACUGUCAGUUAUACUUCGUCGAACAUAUGAAUUAUAUGCUGAUCAAAUCACUAAAAGUUGAUCGAAGUAAUACAUAUUGCUAUCCAAAUUUAGUUAAACUUCAUCUUCGACAAGGAAUUAAGCAAAUCUCACUUAUUCUGAUAAUAAAGCAAGCCAUGAAUUGUAUUUGCACGUUGCCAAUUGAAAUGCCAUCGCUUGAAAGUGUCAGUAACGGACAAGUUUUCAGUUACUCAAUAUUUACUUCAUUACCAUAUGCUGCCUGUUCACAUCUUAGAGAUAAUAGUUUUAUUCUUGAGCCUGAUUUAUCCUUCAUGGACACGACAUUUUCUGAUAUUAUUUACUUUAUUAAUGCCAAAUCAGUUGGCUCUCAGUGGAAUAUACAACAAUUUUGGAUAAAUAAGCAUGGUAACUUGGUGGCAAUGGAAAAAUUUGUUGUUUAUCGCUCCCAAAAAGGUAAUGAUGAGAGCACUGGCCAAUCCAAUCAAUUCAUCGUUGAGCUCGAUUUUAAGCGUUCAAUGCUGUAUACUUUCAAUCGUCUCCGAAGAAAUUUGUUGUCGGAAUGCUUAUUCGAUUUACUUUUCAGAUCAUCUCAUCUACUUCCUAAAUGGAUUAAAUUUGACAAAACAUAUCGUACACAAGCAUGGCUUGAAUCGUUUGCUGUUGAUGGCCAGUUGAUGAUGUUUACUGAAUCUAUUCGCAAUGAAGUGGGAGCCACUUCCGAACUAUAUUUAACAAAUCUGUGGAUUCAAAAUAGCUCAACACGACUACUACAUUUGGAUUUUGUUGGUGAUAUUGGUGUACUACGGAAACAAACUUAUGCUGAUUUAUCGACAAGGAAUGUCCUCACUUUUGGUGACUGA